AUGGCGCACUCGACCUCCCCCUCGCAAUAUCUCCUCCCCACAUCCCUCAAACUCCGCAACUUGCAAUCCAYUUCCCUCCGUAAUCUCCGUCUGGCCUCUUCCAGCAACCCCUCCACCUCAACAUCCUCCAGCACCAGCACCACCGCCGACGACGACGCCCUCCCACAAACUCUACACUCCCCGGCAAAACUGUUGGCCUUGAAUGAAGAACACACGAUCAAUCAUGCCCGCAGCCACUCGGAUCUCCGCGGACAUGUCGAAAAGGAAGCGGGCAAGAGCAGGCCUCAGGUGAGGAGAUUGCGGAGGAGAAGUACAAUCGACUGGGCCAAUGCUACGCCGCAGACACGACAGAGGAAAUGGGAAGCGGCAAUGGGGGAGAGGAUGGGUGAUGUCUUUUUCAGUUUGCAUAUGGGUGGGAUUGAAGUACCGGUAUAUGUGUCGGRAAUGGUGGAGCAGACGAUGAAUCCCACGUUUGGAAGUAUUGAUUGGGCCGGGUGUGGCGCGGGGAUUUUACGAGGGGAGGAGGUGUUGGUCAAGGUUUGGGGCAAAGGGAAGGAGGGUUGGGCCUUGGUUGUGACGAUGGAGGUGGAUUUGAGGAGGUUGGUGUAUGUGGGGAAGAAUCUGGCGAAUAUGACCCGCUCCCUCCCAUCCAAUGCUCUGCUUUUCCAUCUUCCGGAUGGUGUCUACACUACACCCAGCUCUCCGUUUGCUCCRAUCCCACCACGGAGAACUAAACCUCCUCCCUCCGCCAGGAAUAUCAAAUGCACAUCCACUUUUGAUGCCCUUCUUCGCCUUCAGAAACUCACCGAUACCAUUCAGGAUGCCCUCGAGACACGGAAUAAAAUUGCCCAGGAUCUGGAACAUCUCCUUCUAGCCAACAAGCAGUCUCUUGAGGAACAGGAUGAACUCUCCGAGACCAAUGACCGCCUCAAAACCAUCGAAUACGCCAAAUCUACAGUCUCGAAGCAACUCGCCAAAGUCCGAGCUCAACAAGCCGAGAAACGCGCCUCUCUUGCCAAACGAAGAGAACUCAUGACAUCCUCUCUUGCAUCUCGAAAGUCUCUCCUCAAAGAAAUGACCGACACGAAACCCACUUUCCCCUCCCUCCGUGAUCAACACCAGAAAUGCACCGGAGAGAUCCAAUCCCAACGCCGACGCAUCUGCGAAGACCUACAAGUCUGCUAUCCCAUCACUUCAACCCCCAACAAACCUCUUGCAUUCCGCAUCAGAGGUCUUCAACUCCCACACACCGAAGAACUGGAUUCCCUCCCACCUGAAGAAGUAGCCGCUGCCUUGGGCCACGUCGCGCAUGUGUUGCAACUACUAUCCUUCUACUUCCGACAUCCCCUCCCUUAUCCCAUCACCCCUCGAGGAAGCACCUCCACCAUCUACGACGGCAUCAGCCUCCUCUCCACCUCGGCACACAGCAAAACCAAAGGAGGAGACGUCCGCACCUACCCGCUCUUCUCCAAAAGCGUCCCUCGUUUCCGCUUCGAAUACGCCGUAUUCUUACUUGGCUGGAAUCUCAAAGUCUUCCUGGAAGAAGGCUGGGGUGUGCGCGUGGAGGAUCCGAGAGAGGCAUUGGGGAAUCUUAAGCUAGGGUUUGUGUUGGGGACGGAAGGGGAAGGGGAGGUGGUUGGGAGGAAAGUUGGAGGGAUUAGAGGUUUGGGGAGGAGAAGGGGGAGUCGGGAGAGUGUGAGAAGUGCGGGGAGUGCGGGUGGCAAGGUGGCGAAUGGGAGGGUCAAGGGUGCGAGGGAGCGGUUGAGGGAGAUAUCCAGGGUUGAUGGCGUGGUGGUUUGA